AGGUACUUCACAUGCUUGAGCACAUUUUGGCUCCUUUACCUCGGUGUUGUUACAUGUUCUUGAUAAUUUAUUAAACGAAAAACAAGAUGAAAACUAUACUCGUUCUCUGUUUGUGUCUGUCAGUAGUGUGGAGCGAACCUCCAGGAAUACCGUUUUGUGAGUUAAACUCUGCAGAAAUGGAAAGUUUCGCUUCAUGUAUAAGAACAAAUGCAGGUGCUUGGUACAUGAAUCACUGGGACAACUGUAAAGCUUCUCUUCUUCCUGGGGCUACGGACGCUGGAGUUCUACAUGAAAUCUGUAAAGAAGAAGAAACAGGUUUUAUGCUCGCCAUGUGCUUGGAUGUUCUACCAGAAGAAUUACAAGAAAAAGGAAUGCAAAUUAUCAACAAAUGUAUGAAAGAGGCAAAGGAGGCAUAAACUUCAAGAAGACAGGUAUUUGUUUACCAGAGAAUGAUGCCAUACAGGGAAGCCACAUUUUAAAUUCAUUUUAUGUUUCUCUGAAUCUACCUAUAACAGCAGUCAUCAAACGUAAACGCAUUAACGCUUAAAUGUUUAAUUGUUUAAUUAAGCUAAAACAUUUUAUUGAAUUGUUUUAUUUCUUAUGUUUCCGUGUGAAUGUUUGUAAUAAGGGAAACUUACGAUACUGUUUGGCUUUAAUAAAACUCUUUCUUCAUCAAA